AUGUCUGCUGCACAAAGAGUCUCUCCUGCGGAGUCUUUCACUAGCAAAACGCUGGUUAACCUCACUUUAUCAAAUGGGUUUUAUCUCUCUGGUUUUCCUCCUCCUCUUGGUGGUGGCGUGUUUUUCCCGAAGCUCAAAACACUUUCUCUCCUUUCGGUUGGGUUUGAAACUUGGGAGGUGUAUGAAUAUCUCAUCACUGGCUGCCCUCUGCUUGAGGAGUUAUCUAUCCGCUAUGGUUCUCCCUCGGCUUGUAGGUGGAUGGUAGUGACUCAGUCCAGGGCUGUGGAGAGUGCUUCUGUUAAGAGACUGACUAUCUCUUACCCUUUUCGUGGUUACUGUUUGCCUUACGCUGGUGGGGUGUUUCGGACACCGAGUCUUGUCUACCUUGACCUUUCUGGUUAUGUCGCGGGGUAUUAUUAUGUUGAUUUCAGCUCGCUUGUUGAAGCUAGAAUGGAUAUUAGACAGACGAUCUAA